AUGGGCUUUGUAUUCGCCUUGAUUUGGAUUUUUCUUAUCGCCCUAUGGACUCAGUGCGGACCCGCGUGGCACUACUGGGACCUAUUCGUGGAAAAUCGCAACUGCAUUGAAGAGUGGCCACCUCUGGCGGGCCAGACUAUCACCACAGUCUUGACCGAUUUCGCCGUUUACAUCCUUCCUAUGCCUACACUAUUCAGACUAAGGCUACCAAUGAUGCAACGACUUGUUCUCAUCGUUCUCUUUAGUCUCGGCACAGUCGUCGUUGUGGCUGGGAUUAUGAGAACUUGGUGGGUCCAUUUUGUUGAGAAAGAAACUUAUGAUGUGACAUGGGACGGGUUCGAACUGUGGAUUUGGACAGCUCUCGAAGCGAAUCUUGCCGUUGUAUGCGGCUGCGUACCCGUUCUCAGACGCCUAUUGCCGUUGAUGUCGGAUAGCAAGGAUUCAACUGUGGCUGAAAGCGCGGCUCCCCCGACGAUUGGGUCCGGCAAGAGGCGUCAACAAAAGUUCGACGAUCUGGAUAUCGACGUGGAGAGUCAGGCACUGGAUCACAUCAACACGACUUCAACGACGGAUGGCGAAUCGGUAGAGAUACAGCCAGCGGGGUAUAGUCCUGGGUGGUUCCCGUUACGAGAUCCUUGGAGAAGAUCAAAACAUUAA